AUGGGCGACAUUGCUGCUCUCUGGCAGCAGGAACAAGCAGAACGGGCGCACAAAACCUCCCACCCCUCUCGAACACAGGUCGGGCCAGACAGUGACGAGUUCUAUUACGACCUCCCUCAACCAAGUGUUCCUACUCAAUACAACGAGGAGGAGGAUGCGAGGGAAAGGGAGCGAGGCUUUAGGAAGGCUCGAACUCUGAAGCCGGGAGAGUCUAUCCUUGAGCAAGUUGGACUAGGGUUGGAGGACGAUUCAAAGGUUCGGCAUCUCCAAUCUUCCUCCCCCGCCAGGAGGCCCGACUCGGACGAUGAAAUGUCUGACCUUGAAGCCGAAGGGGAAGAAGAAGAGGACGACUAUCGUGCAGCCACAUCCGGCCUUCCCUUCGUCCGCGAAUCAGCCCCUCCCCCUCCAUCCUCCCCUCGCCCAGCGCACACCAUCAUCUUUGAUACACCUUCUCCCGGUAUACCUUCUCUGGGCGACGCGCCUGUUCUGGUACAAAGAUUGAUACGGCGGAAGGGACCACCUGGACCUAGCCCGCUUUCGCAAUCACAUAUUCCUCAGCAAGAGUCCGAGUCUGAUGCAGAGGAUGAAGACGAGAGGAAUGAUGUUCGGCCAUCAAGAUAUCCUACCGCCGAGAUUCCUCCUUAUCGCCCGUCCAGCUCCUUACCUCCCUCCCUCGCUUCUCAUCUCCUUACCCGUCCCCACCCCCGUUCCCGAUUUCUGGUGUUCCCAAGCAACCUUCUCCCGGCUGUUGACAUCCUCCCUGGAUCAACUGCCGUUGCGGAUACGCGCACGGGUUUGGGGUUUGGGGCUUUGAAUGUUCCUUACGAGCCUGCGAGAUCUGAGGAACGUGGAGGCGGGUUCCCUCUUUCGACUCCGGUCAAAUCCCCACCUACCCCAUCCAUCCCUCGACUACAGGAUGGGCCUUACCAUGAAAGCUUGGGAGGACUCGGUAAAGAUAUCCUUGCGAGUUGGUUGGCGGACAGUGAUAUGAAGAGGUCUGGUGUUUCGGUGCAGGAUUACGGUUGGCCUGGAAAUGUUGGGGGCAUGACCACGGAACCCGGUCGAGUCCCUUCGGUGAACAUUCACGCCGAGGCGUCUUAUCCCCCAAUGACAUCCUCAUCAUCCUCUCAUGAAGUACUUGAUUCUUCCUCGAUUCCUUCAUUGUCAGAUGGCUCCCUCAUCCUCACGCCGUUUCAGCCAGCGCCCGAUCAACCUUCGUUACCGACCUCUCGGCGCCGUAUCAGAGCCCGCCCGGCUGCUCUGAACCUUGAUCAAGCUGCAUUGAGGGAACAAGGGCCUUCGACACCACUCAGGACGUCGUUCAGGGGCGGCUUGUCGCCAUCUUCAUCAUCUGCUCUUUCCGUUGCUCCAGUGGAGCCCACGGUGCCGGUUCCCCGCUCUCCUCCAUCCGAGCCUUCGGCAAGCGGUCCCUCUGUGAUUCCUCGAAAGCGACCCUCACCCACCACACUUGGACACAGGCGUGGCAGCAAACAGAAAGGCAAAGGCAAGGCCAGAGCCGAGUCUAAAGAGGAAGAGUUCUCCGAGUCAGGAGACGAAGACUCUGAAAUGCCUGACGUCCUCGAAGAUCCCGUCCACCGAAUCCGCUUUUCGCCUCACCCUCCUACUAUUGCCAAGCCACCUUUGCCGAUGCGACGAGAGCAGUGGAUGAUCAAUAUCCAAGCAUGGACUUUUAGGCGUGAUCGGCAAAUACAGCGAGGUGCGGCGAGAAGGGAGGCUGAUAAGGAGAGGCUGGUAAGGGGUGGUAGCGAGGACAGGGAAGGUAGGGCAUGGGUAUACAAGCGGGAUUGCGAGGAAGAGGAGAGGGAGGAGGUGAGUGGGUAUACUAGCGAAGGAGAGAUGUAUGACCGCCUUACAAGAGUUGUUCGUCAGAUCUCUGAACUGGAAAGCUCUUCGGAAGAACAGCACAGCGAUGACGGUGGAGCCAUGUCUUCGGAAAAUGACGAGACCAAACAAAAUACGAUCCUCAACACUCGCCGUCGAUCAAACCUGUCCCGCGAACCGUCUGAAGAUGUGGACAUGGCUGCGGAGACGAGUGGAAUGAACAUCGAUGAUGGAGCUCAGAGGAGAAAUGAUGCUGAGGUCUUCCCUAGAUCUCAUUCGAGCAGCCAAUUCUACUUCAGGUGGGGCGGUUUCCUCGAUUUUGUCAUGCCCAUUUCCCAUGCCAACGCUAGAAAUGUUCCCCACAGUCAUCACUUCUGGAAGGAGAACAACGGUGCUGCCGCUGCCGACUAUGCUAGAGAGAGCUCGCCUCGACGUGAGACUCGUGGUGAGGAGCAGCCGCCUGCGAGGAGCCCCAGGAGAGACAGAAGUCGAAGCCCCGGACGUGGUCCCGAGAGGUCUGGCCGACCCAACGACGCCGGCCAACAGAACCCUGGUAACAACCUUCACGUCAGUGGUUUGUCCCGCUCGGUUACUGAGCGUCAGCUCGAGGACCUGUUCUCCAAGAUUGGCAAGAUUGUCAAGGUGCAGAUCAUGAUGGACCCCCAUUCUCAGGAGUCUCGAGGUUUCGGUUUCGUCAUGAUGGCUACUGGCGAGGAAGCGCAGGCUGCUAUUGAUCAGCUUACUGGCACCAACCUUGAGGGCAAGACCAUGACCGUCGCCCACGCCCGCCGAGGACGAGCUCGUACUCCCACUCCUGGCCGAUACCACGGUACCAAGGCCGAUGGUCCCCCCGGUGGUGGUAGGGGUGGUCCCCGAUACGGCGGCGGCGGCUACGACCGACCCUACCAGCCCAGAUCUUACGACUCUCGAUACUACGACAGACCUCCUCGAGGUGGCUAUGAUGAGCGAGACAGGUACGACCGUAGGGACAGGUACGAUGACCGAAGGUACGACGACCGCUAUGCGGCUCCUGCCCCCCGUGGUGAUCGAUACGACGACUACUACCGCGGAUCUGGUUCUUCUGCUGCCGCCCCCGCCGCUGCUGCUGCUCCGUAA